GACCACAUCCCACCUAAAGCAGUGCAUUGAGUUGGAGCAGCAGUUUGACUUCUUGAAGGACUUGGUGGCAUCUGUGCCUGACAUGCAGGGAGACGGAGAAGACAACCACAUGGAUGGGGACAAGGGUGCUCGCAGGGGUCGGAAGCCAGGCAGCAGUGCCCGGAAGAAUGGCGGAAUGGGAAGCAAAGGCAAGGACAAGAAGUUGUCGGGGACAGACUCAGAGCAGGAGGAUGAGUCUGAGGAUACAGAUUCUGAUGGGGAAGAGGAAGCAGCGCAGCCCCCACCCCAGGCCAGCCAUCCCCCUGCUCAUUUUCAGAGCCCUCCGACACCCUUCAUGCCCUUUGCCUCGACUCUGCCUUUGCCUCCUGCACCUCCAGGCCCCUCAGCGCCUGACAUGGAGGAUGAAGAGGAUUAUGACUCCUAGCGUCCUCUGCCCCCCAGGCCAUACCCCCUUUUGGUUGGUUUUAGAUGCUCUGGGGGGAAAGAAGGUAGAGCUGUUCUUAAAUUUAUUAAAAAAAAGUAAUGAAAGGAAA